GAUUUUUCCUUUUUUUUCACUCGAGCUCGCAAGUCACAUCGCACGCAUCUCAUGGCGCCUCCUCAGAUCUCCCGCAAAGCCCUCGGCCUCCUGCUGCUCCUCGCCGCCGCGGCCGCGGCCGUCUCGCCGGCCGCCGCCGACGAUGUGGUGGCCCUGACGGAGGCCGACUUCGAGAAGGAGGUCGGGCAGGACCGCGCCGCCCUCGUCGAGUUCUACGCGCCAUGGUGUGGCCACUGCAAGAAGCUUGCCCCCGAGUAUGAAAAACUUGGCGCAAGUUUCAAGAAGGCCAAAUCUGUAUUAAUCGCAAAGGUUGACUGCGAUGAGCACAAAAGUGUGUGCAGCAAGUAUGGAGUUUCUGGAUACCCCACAAUUCAAUGGUUCCCCAAAGGUUCAUUGGAGCCAAAGAAGUAUGAGGGUCAACGUUCCGCGGAAGCCCUUGCAGAAUUUGUUAACAGUGAAGCAGGCACCAAUGUAAAGAUAGCUGCAGUUCCUUCAAGUGUCGUGGUUCUGACUCCAGAGACAUUCGACUCAGUUGUGCUUGAUGAAACCAAAGAUGUCCUUGUUGAGUUCUAUGCUCCAUGGUGUGGUCACUGCAAGCAUCUUGCUCCGGUUUAUGAGAAGCUGGCUUCAGUUUUCAAGCAGGAUGAGGGUGUUGUGAUUGCCAAUCUUGAUGCUGACAAGCACGCUGACUUGGCUGAAAAGUAUGGUGUUUCUGGUUUCCCGACAUUGAAGUUCUUCCCUAAGGGAAACAAAGCUGGUGAAGAUUAUGAUGGUGGCCGGGACUUGGAUGACUUUGUCAAGUUCAUUAAUGAGAAGUGUGGCACCAGCCGGGAUUCAAAGGGCCAACUUACUUCAGAGUCUGGGCUUGUGGCAAGCUUGAAUCCUCUUGUGAAGGAGUUUAUCAACGCUGCAGAUGACAAGCGGAAAGAAAUCCUCUCCAAAAUAGAAGAGGAUGUUGCUAAGCUCAGUGGUUCUGCUGCCAAGCAUGGGAAGAUCUAUGUGACAGCUGCAAAGAAGAUUAUGGACAAGGGAUCUGACUAUACUAAGAAGGAGACCGAGAGGCUUCAACGCAUGCUGGAGAAGUCGAUCAGUCCUUCCAAAGCUGACGAAUUCAUCAUCAAGAAGAACAUUCUUUCGACAUUCUCUUCUUGAAGGUGAUGAACCACGGCCCGGUCUGCCAGUGAGCUAUAGCCGAUAGCACAACCACCACCUACGAGGAAAAAACAGAAGAAAUGGGAUAAUAUCAGUGAAAGGUGGUAGUGGAAGUCCAGUUCCAGUAGUGGCAGAGCUAGUUGAUUGGAUUUUUGUUUCUAACAAACUUGUACCCAGCUGCACGGGGAUGUAUGUCCUUUUCUGGUUACAGGGGAUUUACUUAGUAAUCACUGUUUACUUCAGAUGAUACCCCAUGCUUCGUCUUUAAUCGAAUAAGUUGGUUGGUUAUUCAGCCUCCGGUAGUUAUUUUGCUCUUA